AUGUCGUAUGUGCUUGCCGAUCAGAAGGGUUGGUUGGAGAAGUCGAAGAAACCUUUUGAGGUUGUGCCACUGGGAGACUUCAAGGCUCUGAGACAUGGUGUCAAUGAAGGGGAUAAAGCUGACUUCUUCAUGUGGGAGCACGUAAGUCGUGUCAGCACCCAAGAGACCUGUGAAUUUUGCUAA